AUGGCCGCUCCGCAGCUCCGGGACCGGCUCAGCUUCUUACACAGACUCCCAAUUCUGAUGAAAGGGACGUCUGAUGAUGAUGUCCCAUGCCCUGGCUACCUGUUUGAAGAGAUUGCUAAAAUUUCCCACGAGUCAGUGGGAAGCAGCCAGUGUCUGUUGGAGUACCUCCUGAAUCGCUUGCAGAGUAACUCCUGCCAUGUUAAACUUAAGGCCCUGAAAAUCUUGCUGUACAUGUGUAGCCAUGGCUCCACCUCCUUUCUGCUCUCACUCAAACGCAAUUCUUCCUUCAUUCAGGAAGCAGCAGUAUUUGGGGGUCUUCCAGAUCCUCUUCAUGGAAACAGCUUGUAUCAGAAGGUCCGAAUGGCUGCUCAGGACUUGGCAAGUGCUUUGUUUUCUGAUUCUCUGUUGCCAUUGCCUUCCACUCAGUCUCCUAGGCCCCUUCCUUCAACAGGUAUGGGCUCCCAGGCCAGUUCCUAUAGCACCCUCCAAGGCUUUGGCUACACCAAAGACAGGGGAAGUUCUGGCUCUGCAGGUGAAGCCCUUCUUAGCACCAUCCAGAAGGCUGUUGAGGUGGUGGCUAAUGCUGUGCUCCCUGGGCAUGAGAGCUCCACUAUCCAGAGUCAGGUGCUGAGGGAAGACACCUACCAGCCUGUAGUGGCACCCUCUGCUGGCCACGGUCACUUUGCUCCUAGGAAACCGCCAUCAGUGCCCACCCAGAGUGUCCGAGUGAGGCACCAGCCUGGGCAGGCGGGGGGCGGCUGGGAGGAGAUGGACAGUGACCCCAGCUCCCAGAACUCAUCUCAGGAGAACGGGGAACUCAGCAGAGCCUCCGACUCUGGAAGCAAAUCUGACAGCGAUAGCCACUCAGGAGCCAGCCGGGAGAUUGGAGAUAUAACAGAGAGGGUAGAGGCUGUACCACUGAGUGACUGUCUACAAGAGAUGAGCCUUGUGAGCACCGUGACCCAGGGACCUCGGGUCUUUCUGACUCGAGAGGAGGUGCAGCAUUUCACCAAAGAGUGUGGGCUGCUCAAUUGUGAAGCAGUAUUGGAACUCUUGAACCGGGAACUUGGAAGAACCAAUGAAUGUGUUCAGAUGAGAGCCAUGUGUGCCAUCUUCUCCCUCAUGUGCUCCGAUCUGCUUUCUCAGGACCAUAUUUUCUUCAUCAUCCAACCCAAGCUGCAACAGCUUAGUGAAGGGAGCCCUGGCCCUGUGACCAACAAGGCAACCAAGAUUUUGAGGCAGUUUGAGGCCCUGUGCCGAAACCAUCCCUCCCACAAAAGACCCCUGUCACAGGCCAGCGCCAGUUCAUCUCAUCCCGCUCUUUGCCCAGCUGACCUGCUGACAGAUGUUGCUCCUUUAGCUGGAGGCGAGUCAUUUCUGCAGCCAGUGAGUUCUUCCUCUUCCCUGCCCAGGGGCACAGCCACAGCAUCCCCAGCAGACCAAGAAAUAACAACUAUCUCAGCACAAGGAGAUAUCACUCCUGCUAAAAGAGGUCUGGAGGAGGCUGAGCCCAGAUUGGUAGGUGAACAUGGGACUGGAUCUAGCCAAGAUUCUUCAGGCACUAAUGCUGCAAAUGGCACGUUGGAGCCAGACAUUGUUCCUGAAAGUGGCCUUUUGGCCUCCCCAACCAUCCCCUGCUCUUUGUUUGCCGGCCUGGAGUUGGUGGCUCACACAGGUGUGGUUGUGACUGGGGCUGCUAGAGAAGAGCCUCUCCAGCUAGCAUCAAGUUCUGAGGCUCCAUGGAGAUUAUCUAGAGGAGCCACCUCACAGGAGGCUCCUAGUCCAGAACUAUCUGCCUUCGCCUUCUUAAAUGCAUGAAUGGCCAAUGCUGCAGAUUGGGCCAUUGCCCCUUGUCUUCCUUGUCUUGAAAAGGACUUUGCACAUCCGGCUGCCUAUGACUAUCCCCUGGCUUCCUUCUCACCAUGUAUGUUACUAAUCUGUUCACAGGCCCUCUGACUGCCCCCAAAACGUGAUUUCCCCUCUUGUAUUUCUGUCAUCUUCCAUUGCUGUGUCUGCAUUCCCCCUCCCAGGGGAAUUCUCACCACCUCCAAGCCAAUUCCUAGUGAUGGCAACCCUAUACUAACUAAGCAGACCACUGGAAUAACUAAUUAGAAACAGAAAGGACCAGUGCUCAGCAUGGGGUUUUUUGAUCAGCAACAGGAAGAGGAAACUAUUUUAGAUAUACAAGGAAUGCCCUAUGUGGUAUUUCCAAAGCAUUCAGAAAGAACUGAAACUGAUCAAUGCUAAACUUUAUUCAAACAUUAAGAUGAGUGAGCAAAUAUGAUCCCUUUUCAAAACCUGUCGUUCCACCGUUAAUGUUUGUUUCCCUCUAGUAGAGCUGGUUUCAUAUUUCAUAAUCUUACAUGCCUUAUAUCUGUGUAGUUUUCCAUGGAACUUUUAAAGAAUUGGGCCACUAGUUAGGCCAAUCAGGAUUAUUGUUGGACCCUCAUAAAGUGCCCCAGCCACAGAAGGAGCUCUGGCCCUCUCUAACAGUCAAGGACUCUGUUUAACAAUACUUUAUGGCCUUAGGAGAGAGGGUGAAUCCUAGACCACAUUGUUGGACCUUCUUGACUUUGGGAAAGGGGAACAGUAAGGAAACUUGGCUUUCUUGAGCUAUACUUAUCUCAGAGACACAGUUUGUGAACUCUCCCCUCUCCUCAGAGCUUAUACCCAGGCAGGCUCAUGGUUAGUGUGUCUCCAGAUCCUUUAGCCAAUUUAAUGAUCUUCUGAACAUUCAACCAAUCCCUUUCUGGCUCUGUCUGGGAGUACAUAUUAGUACUCAGUUGCACAGUUUCAGGUAGAGCAUUAUAAAGUAAAGAGCUCAUUAAGCAGAAAAAAGAGGCCUUCAGUCCUCAUAAGAUGUGCCUAUCUUGGCUCCUUAAUGAUCAGGAGGGUUUGGAGAGGAAAAGCUCCUAUAAAUCCAUAGAAUCUGAGUAGAGAAUCUUUUGGUUGAGUUCCCUCCUGGGAAUCCAUUCUAUAUCCAGCAAAUACUUCCUUUAUCUAUUUCACACUGAUAGCUCAACCCUGAGUCACAUUGAGGGCUAAAGAUACUUGAAUAAGUGGAGUAGAGAAGUUGUAUUUAAUCUCAAAUGGCCUUUGGGUAUGUUUUAAGGUCUGUUAGGUAAGAAAACAGAAAUCUCCUAUCCAUAGGUGAAGAUAACAGGCCAUAGGCUUUGGCCAGAGCUAGUAUAAUUUCUAGAUCAUUUGAAAUUGGGUGGGGGAGCAAGAUGGAUGGGUCUUACCUUUUUUUUGGAAGGCAGCAACUGAUAUUUGAUGGAAUAUAGCCCACUGCACUGUCCUCUUUUCCUUCCACAUCUCUCUUCUAGCUUUGGCCUGCUCAUUUGGAUUUGGAUUCCUAUGGUGCUCACGAGCAGGUUGCAAAGGUGCUUCCAGAAACACUGGCCUUCUACUUGUUGGCACUAGGCCUAGCUAGGUAGGGUCACUCACCAACUGCUCGGUCAAUACCUCUAGAGCAAGAGAACUCUAGGCAGUUUUGCUCUUUGUGAUUUAGAAACCCCUAGAAAUCCCUUUGUUUUUAUCCUAAUAU